AUGCCCCGUGCUACAUCAGAUGACCUCCACGCCUGCAUCUUGCACUGGAGACUUCACAAAGGCCACUCGCUCGAAGAAUGCGCUGAACGUGCGGGCGUCAUCGUACGCACCAUCCAAAAUAUACUAGCAACAAAACGCAACCACAACAGUCUUCGCAAUCCUUGUUGUCUCCCUCCAGGCCGCCGACGCCUCCUUGAGCACGAUGACAACACAUACAUUUCAUCCAUCCUUGCAGCCCAGCCAACCCUCUUCAUUGACAAGAUACAUGACUGCCUUGAAGCUGCCCGUGGCAAACUUGUGUCCCUCUCCACACUCUCACAUACCAUCACUCGAGUCGGCCUCAGUCACAAGAAGGUGUCUCAAGAGGCACUCGAGUGUAAUGACCUCCUUCGUGCAAGCUGGCAGGUCAAAAUGGCAAACUACACACCUGACCAGCUACUUUUCAUCGAUGAAUCCGGUGGACGACCAUACCAUCCAACGUGCUUACGGCUACUCAGUGCUUGGCUGUGCAUGUGUUCAACGUGCCACCUUCCUGCGUGGACAGAGGUGUUCUGUUUUGCCUGCUCUCGAUGUCAAUGGGAUUGUCACGAUGGAUCUUUUUAA